UUAGCCUUCUUUGAAUUGUUCUUUGCUUGAGCUGGUUCAUCCAUGGAGAAUCAUGACAAGAGUACUGCGAGAGUAAUUGGGAAAGAUGAACAAGAAGAAGAGGUCAAGAUGGAGAAGUUUUUUGCUCUGAUGCGAAGCUUUAGAGAGGCGCGUAAUUACUACAGAAGAAAGGAACUGAACGAGUUGGAGAAGAAGAGGAAGAGCAACAAGAAGAUGAAGAUGAUGGGUGGUGGAGAUCAUCAGCAGCAGCAAUCGAGUUGCUGGGUUCCUAAGUUCGAGAAAGAGGAUUUUACCAAUGAGGUUGAGUUUAGAAGGCCUCCUCUUGUCUUUCCGGCUCCCUGUAGCAAAGAGAAUGCCAAGAAAGGUGAAGGAGAGGAUGGUCUGGACCUCAAACUCACCCUCUGAAGUCUAAUGGCGUCGCUCUGUGUAUUCAGACUUCUUGUUUUUUUUUUUUUUUUGGUUUGUAAUCGUCAGAUGUAAUUAUUUUGAAGUUGAAAAUGAUUGUAAAAUGUU